AUGCAGAAUAAUGGUGGCCAGCCAGCUGCUGCAGCUGGCUCGUCGUCGGCAACCACUCAUGCGCUCAUGGAUUUACGAGUCGGCAACAAGUAUCGCAUAGGACGAAAGAUUGGAAGUGGGUCAUUUGGUGACAUUUAUCUGGGAAUCAACAUUAUAAAUGGAGAAGAGGUUGCCAUCAAGAUCGAAUCCAUCAAAGCCAAACAUCCACAAUUAGAAUAUGAAGCACGAGUAUACAAGACUUUAGCUGGUGGUGUUGGAAUUCCCUUUGUUCGAUGGUUUGGCAUGGAGAAUGAUUACUAUUGCAUGGUCAUAGACUUGCUGGGCCCAAGUUUAGAAGAUUUGUUUAACUUUUGUGGACGUAAAUUCUCUCUCAAAACAGUACUCUUACUGGCAGAUCAACUUAUAUCUCGAAUCGAAUACAUCCACUCGAAAAACUUUAUACACCGAGACAUCAAACCUGAUAACUUCUUGAUGGGUCUAGGCAAACGAGGCAACCAAGUUAACGUCAUCGACUUUGGAUUGGCCAAAAAGUAUCGAGAUCCCAAAACACAUCUACACAUCCCAUACAAGGAAAACAAGAAUCUGACAGGAACAGCCCGAUAUGCCAGCAUCAACACGCAUUUGGGUGUCGAACAAUCACGCCGAGAUGACCUCGAGUCACUGGGCUAUGUGCUAAUGUACUUUUGUCGAGGAUCACUACCAUGGCAAGGGUUGAAGGCUGCCACCAAGAAGCAAAAGUAUGAUCGUAUCAUGGAGAAGAAGAUGACUACUCCAACAGAAGUGCUAUGCAGGGGCUUCCCAAAUGAAUUCAUUGUAUACUUGAACUACACUCGCUCGCUACGAUUCGAUGACAAGCCAGAUUACGCAUAUCUUCGCAAGAUCUUCCGAGACUUGUUCAUUCGCGAGGGCUAUCAUUAUGAUUAUGUUUUUGACUGGACAAUGGUGAAGGCUGAGUCUGAUGAUGCCAAACCCAAAACCGCAACACCUUUGGCCAACCCUGAACGAGCUACUCCAAUGGCAGAUGAGGAACUAGAAGAUUACAGGGCUGGUGGGUCAAGGGAUAAGAUCAACCAAUCACAGCAACCAGGUGCUCCACAAAGGACAUCAACCAAUGCGCCAGCCGCAGCCACUACUCUAGCGGCAGGCCAACGACGCUCGUCUGGACCACAAGCUGCCGUCACAUCCACUCGACCGUCGACCAGUGGUCCAACUGCAUAUGGCAACUUCCAACAACCAAACCAGUUUGCAACCUAUGGUGCAACCCCAGCCAAUGCACCAGCAGCUUACGGCUUCACGUCUGGUUCACCACCGGGUGGCAACACAUCACCGGGAGGCUAUCCAAGCGGCUCAGGAGGAGAUAUUAGGGCAUCACGAGUAGCUGCUGCUGCCACGAGUAAUACGAGAAAGGGCAGUGCAGGUGGACAAGGACGAGCAUACUAA